CUCUCAUUAAAAAUGCGUUAUCUAGCAAUUAUUCUGAUCACUCUACUCAUCUUCAAAGGAGUAAGAUCUCAAGACUCAACUGAUGAUCCAAGUGGAGGAGAUGCUUCUACGGCUAGUGAUGCAGGAGAGGAUUCAGGGGACUCAAGCACCCAAUCGGGAGCAGAAGAAUCUUCAGCUACUGAAAGAGGCGAAGAAACUACCAGUGCAGCAGCGGAAACCACUGCAGACGGUUCAGGAGAGGAGACUACCGGUGCAGGAGGAGGAGAAACCACCGCAGCUGCAGGAGGGGAAACUACCGCUGCAGCAGGGGAAACCACCGCCGCAGGAGGGGAGACAACCGGUGCAGGAGGUUCUACCGCCGCAGGAGGAGACAGCACUACUGCUGCCGAAGGAGCGACAACAGGCCGGACAGGCACAGGCGCAGAGACUACGGGAGCAGGAACAACAGGUGAAACCACGGCAGCUGGAGGUACAACAACAGGUGCUGGCGCUGGUGAAACUACAACUACCGGACAAAAAGAAACCGAAGCUCCUGUACCUCCAGCGAACAACCAGAUGUGCCCAGGUAAUAAACGUACGAACGACAAGAUCAGAAAGAAGGCUCUUGAUCUAACUAACUGGCGUAGAUCAGUACUUGCCCAGGGACAAGUGGUGAAGAGGAACGGUGUCUACAUGCCUACAGCUGCAAAUAUGCAGAAAUUAAGAUAUGACUGCGAUCUUGAACUCAAAGCGCGCGACCGUGCUGAGGCGUGCCAACCUGUGGAAAAUGAGGCAAACACUGCGGAUUAUCAGGAGAACAGAUAUUACAUUCCGAAAUCAGAUGUUGCAUCUGCCGAAGAGCCUAGAGUUGAUGCCAUGGCCGCGAGUAUAAAGGAGUGGUUUAAACGGGUGAGACUAGAUGAGCCUAUUGGGCUGCAAUGUUAUUUCAGAGUCAAACAUGAAAGUAUGCAACUGAGAACGUUCACUAGGAUGGCUUGGGCUACCACAAACAAAAUGGGUUGCACGGUUCAAGAAUGUGGUGAUCAAUGGCAUGCCGUAUGCCUCUAUAGCCCACCUGGAAACAAAGUCGAAGAAAGGAUUUACAUACCCGGAACUACGUGCACCAUGUGUCCGGCUGGAACGUCCUGUGACCGCGCUCUUGGACUGUGCGAGGCUCCUAGAUCAUAAUCCUCUUUCGUAACCACACAAUCUUUUCAUGAGUCGUUCCACCUAAGGAAGGAAAGUUCAACUCUUCCCAAUUUUUUCAUUAAAGGUGCAGCAUUACUAUUGUGUACUUGAGAUGAAAUCAUCUUAUAUAAAGCUGAAUGUCUGU